GUCCCUGUCCCCUCCUGCUCGUGUGAGGAGCCUGCCGGCGAUCGGACUGUCGCCUGAAGCGAAGAGGCCGGGCCGGCAUUGAUUCAAUUUUACAGCCCAGUCGCUCUCUCUGAAGCUCCGACCAGUCAACUGAGGGAGACAAGAGGGAGAGAAGAAGAGAAAGAAGAGGAGGAAUAGUGAUGGCUAUGACCGACAUUGCUGAGGAUGACCUGGAUGAGAUGAUGCGUGAAGAAGCGGAGGAUGUCUUCUACGAGGACGGAGUGUCAUCACGCGUCCCAGAAAUCAUGGCAGCCGGAACCCACUCCCCCGGCGGCCCAAAUGGCAUAAUCCGGAGCCAGUCGUUCGCAGGCUUCAGCACACUACAAGAACGACGCUCACGGUGUAACUCAUUUAUGGGGAACUCUGCGGUGCAGAAGAAACCUCAGUCCAAGCCCAAGAAACCCCACCUGUCAGGCCAUAAGGGAGGCAGCAGCUCCAGAGAGCCCCAGCCCAAGAGGCUGGAGGAGGUUUACACCGCACUCAAACAAGGCCUGGAUGAAUAUCUGGAAGUCCAUCAAACGGAGCUGGAAAAACUCACUGCUCUGAUGAAGGACAUGAAGAGGAACUCUCGCCUGGGAGUGCUGUAUGAUCUUGACAAGCAAAUCAAAACCAUUGAGAGGUACAUGAGACGACUGGAGUUUCACAUUAGUAAGGUGGAUGAGCUGUACGAGGCAUUCUGCAUCCAGAGCCGUCUGAGAGAGGGUGCCAUCCGGAUGAAGCAGGCCUUUUCCUCCUCUCCUUCCACUAAAGGCACCAAAGAGAGCAUCGCGGAGGUCAACAGGCGGUACAAGGAAUACACUGAGAACAUGAGCGCAUUUGAGAGCGAACUGGAGAACCUGCUCGGGGAGUUUCAUAUCAAAAUGAAAGGUUUGGCAGGCUUUGCUCGACUCUGUCCCGGAGACCAAUAUGAGAUCUUCAUGCGUUAUGGUCGCCAGCGGUGGAAGCUGAAGGGGAGGAUUGAAGUGAACUCCAGGCAAAGCUGGGAUGGAGAUGAGAUGGUUUUCAUGCCCCUCAUUACUGACCUUAUUAACAUCAAGGUGACGGAACUAAAGGGUUUGGCCACUCACAUGCUGGUGGGCAGUGUCAUCUGUGAGACCAAGGAGCUGUUUACUGCUGUGCCUCAGGUGGUGGCUGUGGACGUCAACGACCUCGGGACCAUCAAACUCAACCUGGAAGUUACGUGGUACCCCUUCGAUGUGGAGGACCUGACUCUGUCUUCUGGCAAUGUGAGCAAAGCUGCAGCUCUCCAGAGACGAGUGUCCGUCUACAGCCAGGGCACACCAGAGACCCCCACCUUCCAGGACACCUCCUUUUUUUCCACCUUGCCGGAUGAUGUCUUCGAGAACGGCGGCUGCGGUGUGGCUGAGUGCAAGCGUCUGUCGUUCACCUUCUCUGAUACGUCUGGUUCUACACCCAGCCCCAGCCCUGCCCUGAGCUCCUAUUCCCCAGGGCAGUCCAACCCUGAGAUCACGGUCACUCCUCCAGAAACAGAACCAUUAACUACACAAAUCCUCCCAACUAGGGAGGACUCCAUUGCAGAGGAACAUUUAGUGGAGGAAGAGGAAGAGGAGUAUGAAGAGGAUGAGGAGAUGGGCAGUAGAGGAAGCAGGGGCAGCAGGACCAGUGCCAGCCUUGCCAGUGAUGAAGCUGAAGUGACAGAAGACUCAGAGUGGGAGCGUACAGAGUCGCAGCGUAAUUCUAGCUCCAACUGUGGUUCAGCUGCCCCAUCCCUGUGUUCUGAUGGACAUCUUUCUGCAGUGGCUCCCGAGGAUGUCUUCCUGGAUCAUGCUGAUGAGCUGAAACCUGUGGAACUGGACACAGAGGAGGCAGGCAGCCUGACGAAGCAGCUUGUGAAAAGGCUGACUUCUUCGGAAAUUAUGCCGCCUAGUGGGAGCGCUACUGAGGGUGAAGGAAGUCUGAGCUGGGCAGGAGAGGGAAGCCGGGCUUUCCUGGAGAGCAGCCUGGAGGAGGCCAUCCACAGUCUGCUGACGAGACUAGAGUCACUGACUCACCGCUGCAGAGAGCUGCAAGACCUGGAGCAGGAAGUGAUGCGCCUGGAAGAUCUACUGAAGUGCCGUCUCCCGGGUCACAGGAGUCGGUCCUCUAGCCUCAGUCUAACCGUGGAGAGUGCCCUGGAGAGUUUUGACUUCCUCAACACCUCUGACUUUGAUGAUGAGGAUACCGGAGAUGAUAACGCUGUCCUCAGCAUUCCCCCACAGAGGUCUCCAAUCUUUGAUGCAGAUGGAGAGAGGAUCGGAGCUCAGCAUCCAGAAGCCCGAGGACACCUGAGUGAAGCCUUGACAGAGGACACAGGGGUGGGCAACAGUGUGGCAGGAAGCCCCCUGCCACUUACCACUGGAAAUGAGAAUCUGGACGUAGCCAUUGUCAUCCACCUUCAGUACUGUAAUCACCUCAUACAGAUAUUGACCAACGGGGUUAGUACAUGGCAGCGUCGCAGUCUCCUCCUCAAAUUGUCUGGACAGACCCAGCUACUAGAAGAGCUUGCAGAAAUCAGUGUGGACAGACUGGGUGCAAUAACAUCUGCUGCUGACAUCCUCCCAGGCCUCGCGGAGCGCCCCCAGCUGAUGACUCUGUGGUCAGAGUGCAGUGGCUCUGCGGGACUUUUCCACACCACACUGGAUAGAGUGUUCAAACACAUGAACCAGCGCUACACAGCAGUGCUGCAGGAGAAACACCCACACAGCGCAGACACAGUGAUUAGCAUGGCAGUGGGUGAGAUGGUGGACAGGAGCGACCUGAUGGCAGCACAGAGUCCUCCUGCUGCCGCGCUCUCUCAGGACGUCCUGACCGUGUUUCAGUUCUACAGCUACAUCUUACAACAUGAAGUCCAGGACAUGGAGACACACCUGCUGCACCUGGCCAGAGAGGAGGUGUUUGCAGAGGUCCUGUGCAGUGGAGAUUAUUCACGUUGUCUCGCAGAACUGGAGGAGGUACCUUUGUCAUCUCUCUGGCCUGGAAACAGAACCCUAAGGGCCCUGGCCUCCCUUCUCACUGCAGAGGACCCUCAGGUCAACAAGGCAGCAGCUGACUACCUCUCUUCUGGAGCAUCAAACAAGCACUUCAGGACCAGGGCAGUGGAGUGCUAUACCCAGGCACUGUCAGAGGCUGGAGUGAAGAGUCAGAGGGCAGCUUGCUCAGCUCUCAGCUGUCUGCAGGCAGCAGAGAGCAUCAGGGCGGUGGUAGCACUGUGUGAUUCAGCUGAUGAAGAGCUCCGUCACAUGGCCAUAGAAACCCUGCUCACAUUUGGUGAGGAGGGGCGCCUGGCAUACGAGCAGCUGGACACUGUGCCGGGGGAAAUGAUCCGUCUGGGCACACGGCGAGGAAACGCCGUCACCACUGCCUUCUGAGCCACUGCACCACUGAAAAGAUAAGACUUGCAUCCUGGCCCGACCUCCAAGGACAAACUGCCUCCUCAGCUUAACCCGCACAGCACACCUCACAGGGCUGUUAACGACUGGUCUGGUUGUCGAUCUGUUUUCUGGCAACAAGAAACGUUUUCACUUAAGCCGCAAUUGAUCACUGUUCUCAUUGAUACUGCCCUAAAGGAACUAACACCAAACAAAUUGUCUUAACCACAAGGACACACAAGCUAGACCCCUCCUGACACCCGCUUACACUCCUCUGUUCCUCCAAUCUCUGACACUCCCUCCACCAUUACAACCCCCCAGCCCCCCUCCUCACCCUGCUGUCUGAGCCAGGCACACCGGUCAUGUUAAGUUGAACUGGAAAGCACAAAUUUGACUGGACACAAAGUAGCCAAGAGCUGCUCCAAAGACUGUAGAAAUCGAGCACUUCACCCUCCAUCGAAAAUCUCCCCAACACUUGCAUCACCCACUCACUGAUUAAUCUUGAUUUUUACAGAGUAUUGUUACCACGCAAUAUACUAUGAUCUUUGUAUAAUCACUGUAACUCACAUUCUAGAUUAGAAAUGUUUUCUGCCGCUCUCGGAAGAUUUGCACUGUUGUAAGGCAUGUAAAUACGGCUUUGUUUACAAAUGAUACAUGUGAUUGUAUUCGAUGUAAUUUAAGUUCCGCUUUCUUGUACGUUCCAUUUGAGUUUCAGGGAUUCUUGUGUGGUUGAAAGAUGUGUGUUUUUGGCAGGGAGGAACAUUAAUAAGAUGAGGUUCCAGCAAUCUAGGGGGAAACAGGUCAGCACAGUGCCCAAUUUUCACUCACUCAGCAGUUUGUGUCUGAGUUUUCUCAUACUUGCAGUUUAACAAGUGCAAUUUUUUUCUGUACAUGUGAUUCUUUUUUUUUUUUUCUGCACCUGGCUGACAUGUGAAGCCCAUUUGAUAUUGUCAACUUUUGACCUUUUGAGCCUUGAUGUGGCUGAGCUGUCAAAUUACGCAAGUAAUUUUGGGGGGGUUUUUGUAAUUUUUUAUGUAAAUGUAGUUUGUUUGUUUUUUUCCCUACAAGGUCAGGAGCCAGUCGAGGGCAAUACAUUGGGUGGAGGAUUUCAUGAGAAUGCACUUUCUCAGUAGUUGUGCAGAGAGGAUCUGAUCUGUAACUGCACAUCCAUGCAGCAUGUGAGCUAAUAGCAGGAUAAGACAUUAAGCUUUUGGCCUUGUUGCCACGCCUUGGGUCUGCUCCAUCCGAACAGUUUAGUAGGAAUGCUGACCCAAGGGAAGCAUCUAAUUCCCGCUUUUCUCAUUGUAACUGUACUACUGAGUCUGGUGCUGAUGCACAGUGACAAAUCUCACACAUAUUUAUUAUUUACUCCUUGUUAUUCUAAUAUUCUGUCAUGUUAUUUUGUAAUAGAGCAGACCACAUUGUUAUGUAAAUGAAUCGUAUAUUUAUGCUCUAUUUUCAGGUCUGCUAUUUGAAUUAUUGUCUUUUGUUUAAAAAGGCCUCCGUGUUUUCACCAUACAACUCGUGCUUAAUUAUAAUUGGAGUUUAUUUUCAAUUAAUUAUAUUAGAUUGUUAUUUUGGAGAAUAUUAAGAUGUGCUAAUAGUAAUUAUAGAUUUGUUUUUCCUAAAAGGUCCCCAAAUUAACGGGACAUUUAUAUGAUAGAGAUGUUACUUUAUUAAGUAGAUUUACUAUAACCAAAGGAAAAUCUUGAUUUUAAAAUUGUCUUUUAAUAAGAGCUCAUCAAGGAGAAUGUAUUUUCAAUACAGCAUGUACAUUUGGACCAGAACCCUCAGACCUAUCUUUGGAAGCACAAAAAGUAAAAGGCAAACCCAUAAUAUAAGGAUCUUGUUACAUUUUGGUUGUAACAGCACAACCCAAAAGCCAUAUUAAAAACAAGCGGUAGUAUUUUUAUGAAAGGUAUUCUUUUUGUAAUAUAAUCUGUAAAUGUGUGAAGUUGAUGCAAAAAUCUUUUUUUUUUUUUUCCCCCUUCUUCAAUGCAACUUUUUGCAAAACGUGGUCCAAAUUUGAAUUCCUUUCCAUUGCAGUAUUUUGGUCCAGUAUCUAAACUCACUCAGUGUCUAAUUUUCUCCUUUCACAAACUUGCUCUUGACCUGUUUAAUAAGUUAAUUGGUGGACUGGUCAUUUCCUUAGCACCAUAUAAUACGAGGCAAUAUGUGCACGUUUAAUUUAGAGAUUUUAAAAAUAACUACUGAAAUGGAACUUCAUCCAUCUCUGUGGUCAAUAGCUUCAGUACUGAUUCAUGUGGUUGCACACUGCUCUUCUCUGUUGUUUCCUCUGCUCAUCAAGA